AUUCCGUGGCGCGAAUUUGGGAACAGCUGACAGGAGAAAGGAAAAACUAAAAAGAACACAGGAGAAAGGGAGAGUUCCAGCGCCAUCAUGCAGCGGAGUAUCAUGUCAUUUUUCCAACCUACAAAGGACAGUAAAGUGAAGAAGGUUGAGAAGGAGAUCACCAACAAUGGCAAAGAGAUGGAACCCCCUCCAAAGGUGGCACUGAAGGAGCGGAAUGGAGUGGUGCCUGAGAGUGACUCUCCAGUGAAGAGGCCAGGGAGGAAGGCAGUGCGGGUCCUGAGCAGUGAAGGAGAGGAGGAAGAUGAAGCCCUCAGUGACCCCAAAGGCCAGAAGCCUAUGUCAGACUCCCCACAGGCCUCUCCUGCUAGCCCUGCCACAUGUCCAGAGAACAGCCCUUUUCUCUCCAACAUCCCCAUGGACAUUUCCCAAUCAGGAAUCCCGAAGCGUCGCACAGCUCGGAAGCAGGUCCCCAAAGGGACAAUUCAGGACCACCUGGAAGAGGAGAGUGAGGACAAGGACAGAAAAGCCAAGAAGAGGAAGCAGGAGGAAGAAGCAAAGACCCCACAAGAAGGCCCCACAGAGGCUAAAGUAGCAAAAAUGAAGGAAAAAGAAGAGAGGGAUCAGCUUAUGACACCUCCUGAGCCCCCAAAGCCUCCCAAAACAGACACCCUAAUAAAGACAGAAAGCAUUCCCAUGCCUGACACAGCUGGGAAGCAAGAACGGCAGGAAGAGGAGCAGAGCAAGCCUCCCCCCAAAGGUCCCUGGACUGUCAGCAGCUUCUUCACCCCCCGGAAGCCGGCGGUCAAAGCUAAAGUGAAAGAAGAGUCAGGAAUUCUGAAGAAGGAGGAAGCCAAGGGAACCCAGGACCCGACGAGCUACAAUCCUGCCAAGAACAACUACCAUCCCAUUGAAGACGCCUGCUGGAAACCAGGCCAGAAGGUCCCUUUUCUGGCAGUGGCCCGGACAUUUGAGAAGAUUGAGGAGGUUUCUGCUCGGCUCCGUAUGGUGGAGACACUGAGCAACUUGCUGCGCUCUGUGGUAGCUUUGUCACCUCCAGACCUGCUCCCGGUCCUCUACCUCAGCCUCAAUCGCCUUGGGCCUCCCCAGCAAGGCCUGGAGUUGGGUGUUGGUGAUGGCGUCCUCCUCAAGGCAGUGGCCCAGGCCACAGGUCGGCAGCUGGAGUCCAUCCGGGCUGAGGCAGCUGAGAAGGGUGAUGUGGGGCUGGUGGCCGAGAACAGCCGUAGCACCCAGAGACUCAUGCUGCCACCACCCCCUCUUUCCACCUCUGGGGUCUUCAACAAAUUCCGUGACAUCGCCCGGCUCACUGGUAGCGCUUCCACAGCCAAGAAGAUAGACAUCAUCAAAGGCCUCUUCGUUGCCUGCCGCCACUCAGAAGCCAGGUACAUCGCAAGGUCCCUGAGUGGGCGGCUGCGCCUUGGGCUGGCUGAGCAAUCAGUGCUGGCUGCCCUUGCCCAGGCUGUGAGUCUUACACCUCCAGGACAAGAGUUUCCCCCAGCCAUGGUGGAUGCUGGAAAGGGCAAGACAGCAGAGGUCAGAAAGACGUGGCUAGAGGAGCAGAGCAUGGCCCUGAAGCAGACGUUCUGUGAGGUACCUGACCUAGACCGCAUCGUCCCUCUGCUGCUGGAACACGGCCUGGAGCAGCUCCCCAAACACUGCAGGCUGAGUCCAGGGGUCCCCCUGAAACCUAUGUUGGCCCAUCCCACUCGGGGUGUCAGCGAGGUCCUGAAGCGCUUUGAGGAGGCAGCCUUCACCUGCGAGUACAAAUACGAUGGGCAGAGGGCCCAGAUCCAUGUUCUGGAAGGCGGGGAGGUGAAGAUCUUUAGCAGGAAUCAGGAAGAUAACACAGGAAAGUAUCCUGAUAUCAUCAGCCGCAUCCCCAAGAUUAAACUCCCUUCAGUCACAUCCUUCAUCCUAGACACUGAAGCUGUGGCUUGGGACCGGGAAAAAAAGCAGAUUCAGCCAUUCCAAGUGCUCACCACUCGCAAACGAAAGGAGGUGGAUGCGUCGGAGAUCCAGGUGCAGGUGUGUCUGUAUGCCUUCGACCUAAUCUACCUCAAUGGAGAGUCCCUGGUCCGGAAGCCCCUGUCGCGACGGCGGCAGCUGCUUCGAGAAAACUUUGUGGAAACCGAGGGCGAAUUUGCCUUCGCCACCUCUUUGGACACCAAGGACACAGAGCAGAUCGCCGAGUUCUUGGAGCAGUCUGUGAAAGACUCCUGCGAGGGGCUAAUGGUGAAGACCCUGGACAUCGAUGCCACCUAUGAGAUCGCCAAGAGGUCACACAAUUGGCUCAAGCUGAAAAAGGACUACCUCGAAGGUGUGGGUGACACUCUGGACCUCGUGGUGAUUGGUGCCUACCUGGGCCGAGGGAAGCGCGCUGGCCGGUAUGGGGGCUUCCUGCUGGCUGCCUACGAUGAAGACAGUGAGGAGCUGCAGGCCAUAUGCAAGCUUGGAACUGGCUUUAGUGAUGAGGAGCUGGAGGCACAUCACCAGAGUCUCCAGGCCCUGGUACUGCCCACUCCACGCCCCUAUGUGCGGGUAGAUGGUGCUGUGGCCCCCGACCACUGGCUGGACCCCAGUGCUGUAUGGGAGGUGAAGUGUGCCGACCUCUCCCUCUCCCCCAUCUAUCCCGCUGCCCGGGGCCUGGUGGACAGUGAGAAAGGGAUCUCUCUUCGCUUCCCUCGGUUCAUUCGAGUCCGUGAAGACAAGAAGCCAGAACAGGCUACCACCAGUGCCCAGGUGGCCUGUCUGUACCGGAAGCAAAGUCAGAUCCAGAACCAGCAAGGCGCAGGCUCAGACUCUGACCCUGAAGAUUUCUACUAAGCCUUGCCUCCCUGGGCAGAAGUGGGGGGAGCUGGGGCAGUGAUGGUGUUGCUGUUUGAUGUGUAUGUGAGCCUGUGAUUUAUGCUGGGU